AUGGCGGAGCCGGGGCCGGAUUGCAGCUCUCUGCUCGACGAGGAUCUUUCCUCCUUCGUCUUCAGUUACCUCGCUGACAGCCAGUACGAGGUGUCUGGUGAGGAGCACCUCUACUCUGACUUCCCCGAGAUUGAUUUGUCUCAGCUGGAUGCCAGCGACUUCGACUCUGCCGGCUGCUUCAGCGAGCUGCAGUGGUGCGGGGAGCACUCGGAGACCGAAUCCAGCCAGUAUAGCACCGACGACUCCGAGCUUUUCCAGAUAAUAGACAGCGAGAAUGAAGCGCUGCUGGCAGCCCUCACCGAGACAUUGGAUGAUAUACAGGGAGAUGACAUGGGCCUGGCUGCCUUCCGAACUAUGGAAGAGGGGGACACGCUCAACCAUGCCUACACCUCGCCUGCCCCCUCCCCCAAACCCACCGCCCCGGUCACGGGGGGGCCGCCCCCGGCCCCCGAGUUUGAUGAGCUGUCUCUACUGAAGAAGUUGCUCCUCUCUCCAUCGCAUGUGCCUCCGAGCUGUGAGGCUCAGCGGGACGGGAGCGCCCGGCGCCCAGGGACCCCUAAGUCCCGACCUGCACGUCCCUGCGCAAAGGUGGAGGGUCCCCGGGACAGGAGGGCGAGCGUCCCACAGGCGCAGAGCCGCAGCUGCACCGAACUGCACCGGCACCUCACCUCCGCCACCCCCUGCCCCCAGACCAAAGCACCCCAGGCGCCCGAGGAGUGCCCCAGCAGCCACCACCACCCGUCCCCAGGCGACUGCACCCAUCACGAGGAUGACAGUGACUCCAGCGAGGACUCACUGAGCUCCGGCGACUCGGUAACCACCCCCUCCUCAGCGGAGGAUGGCUCCAGCAGCCAUUUCUCCUGCGAGGGGGAGAUGCACUCGGUGGUGGAGCUCAUCCGCUACAUGCACACCUACUGCCUGCCGCCGCGGAAGCUGCCCGCCCGCGACGCCGCUGACGCCAAGCCCCAGCCUUGCAGCAGCCCCUUCAAGAGAGCCAAACCGGACUGCCCCACGCAGCCAGGCCCCCCCGGCUGCGCCCAGAGCCGGCCGGGCUGCACCUGGCAGGUGGCUGGGGGCUGCAAGAAGCCUGGAGCAUCCUUCUCCAUCCUGAAGGAGCUGCUGGCGCGGGACCUGCUGUGCGACGUGAGCAAGCCAUACCGCCUGGGCAAGCCUGUGUACGCUGCCCUGGCCCGGCCGCCCGGCUCCCGCUCCCCUGUGCCACUGGCUCAGGACAGGGAGGACACUGGUGGGACCUGCACAUCCAGAGGCAAAACAGCACCGGAGAAGGGCGAGCCACGGCAGAGCCCUGGGGCUGAGGCGGAGGCACCACGGGAGUCUGGUGGCCUCGAGGACGAUUCUGGGAAGCGUGCAGGUGCCCCUGGUGCAGCCACAGGGAAGGUGGCUCGCAAGCAGGAGAGCACCAUUUACGCCGUCCGCCGGUCCAAGAGACUCAACCCCGAGCUCGGCCACUGGCUCUCCUUCCUCGACGAGCCACCCCCCGAGCCCUCUGUUCCCCGGGAGGCAGGGGACAGCCGUGGCCCCCAGGAUGCCCUGGCUGGCAGGGAGCCCACACAGUGCCCAGCGCUGGAGGGCUUCUCUGCUGAAGAGCCCGCGGCCGAAGUGGAGGUGGGGGGCACAGAGGAGGGAGACGGUACGAGCACUGCACCGCUGGUGGAGCCCCUCUCCCUGGGCACGCCGGGGGAUGGCGAGGUGGGCGACGGGGCUGAGAGCCAGCGCUGUGUCCUGGAGCAAGCAGAAACACCCAGGUGUCUCACGCUGUCCUUGGCACAAACUGACUCGACCUUUGGGAAGAGGAACUUUGAGCCGAUGCUGACUGUGGAGCUGUGUGGGACAGCAGGUCUCACACCGCCCACCACCCCGCCGUACAAGCCUGCUGAGGAGGACCUGUACAAGCCAGACAUCCCCCAGGAGCCAGGGAAGGAGGACGGGACAGCCCCCAGCCCUGGGGGUGCAGGGGACACGGCAGCCUCCCGGAAAGCCUCCAAGAAGCACCCCGAGAGGACAGAGCUCUUCGCCCACCUAAGCCGCGCAGCCGGGCGCCCCGUGCUCCCCGAGCAGCAGGGCGUGCUCAAGCGGCCCUUCUCCCGCUCCUUCGGGGACCAUGACUACUGCCAGGUGCUGAAGCCCGAGGCCGCCCUGCAGAGGAAGGUGCUCAAGUCGUGGGACCCCCCAGGCCAGGUGGAGACGGAGCACAAGAGGAGGGUCCCGGCUGCCCACUACCAGGGGCUGGACCUUGGUGGCAAGGAGGCGGGCAGCGAGAUGCUGUGGAAGGAUGGCGUCAAGCAGCUGAGAGACCAGGAGAUCAGAGCCAGCUUAACAAAGCACUUUGGCUUUCUGGACAGUGCUCUCGAUGAUGAGGACAUGGUCUUCUGCAAGACCCCUGAGUAUGACACUGUCUUUGAAGACAGCUGCAGUGAGAGUGGCUCGCCAGUGGAGGAGGAGGAGGAGGAGGAAGAGGAGGAGGAGGAGGAGCACGGCGACACCAAGCUGUGCCUGCGGAGAAACCCCCUUUCCAGGACCAGUUUGCAUUACUGUUCCCGGAGCAGGUCCAGCUCGGGGUCUUCGUGCUGCCGGUCCCGAUCACCCACAAGCAGACGCACCUUCAGGUGUGAGAACGGCGAGCAGUGUCAGGGCGGGAGCGGGCACCGGGGCCAGCUGGAGAAGAGACGGGAAAAGGCCAUCGGGGAAGGCCGGGUGGUGUAUAUCAGAAACCUCUCCAGCAGCAUGAGCUCCAGCGAACUGAAGAAACGCUUCGAAGUGUUUGGUGAAAUUGUGGAGUGUCAGGUCCUGUCCAGGACUACCAGGGGGGAUAAAUACGGCUUCAUCACCUACCGGUAUUCAGAGCAUGCCGCCUUAUCUCUGAAGAACGGCACCUCGCUAAGGAAGAGGAAUGAGCCUUCUUUCCAGCUCAGCUCUGGUGGCCUCGGGCACUUCUUCUGGACCAGAUACGCUGACUUGGAUUGCAGUGCGGAGGAGUCCUCCCCAGCCCCAGUGAAAAGCAAGUACGAGACCAUGGAUUUCGACAGCUUGCUGCAGGAGGCCCAGCUAAGCCUGCAUCGGUAACAGCCUUAACCUUGGAGGAAUACCUCAAUACCUCAGUCAAGGCACUUCCAAUAUGUUUACGUUUUCAAAGAAAUUAUUCAGUCUACGGAAAGCGAGAGAGAGCGAGAGAGAGCGAGAGCACGCACGCGCGAGAGAGAGACUGCUGUCCCUUCCGAUCGAUGUUUACAUUGAACAAAGCUGCUUCUGUCUGUGAG